AUGGCAAAAAAGAGAAACCAGCGAGGACGGUUCUACCAACAGGUACAACUGCUGCUACAACUAAAGAUGCUUUCAGCUGGGAAGAAUACCUAAAAGAAACAUCAUCUACACCAGCUCCACCGGGUUGUUUUCGUCAGGGUUGACGACGCUCAAUGGAUUACAGAAGCGUUUAAUCGGCAUUGCAGUUAAAGUUGUGCUUUUAAGUACGAGGUUACCCAGGUAACCGCGGGUCUGUAAACUGCUGCUGGGAGUGAUUUACGAACUGGUUUUGUUCCAUCACAAAGGUUGUGUAUUUAUGGCUUUGAACACAACACCACCCUCCCCAAAGGAUACAACAGCACUGACUCAUACUGUCUUUUGUGCUGCAUUACUAGCAACUCAUAAAUACCAAAUAACACAACACAUACUUUGCAGUUAGGUUUGGUUGAUGAUGCGGGGUGAUAAAAUAAUGUUUGCAGUGUUUUUCAGCAGUUCUUACAAUACCCACACUUACAGCCCUGUUCUAAUGUCUGCAGGCUAGAGUCCCACCCUCCAAUGACUUCAAGGUGGGAAUGAAGCUCGAAGCACACGACCCGAGGAAUUCCACCUCCGUCUGCAUCGCCACGGUGAUGGGCUUAACCGGGGUGCGUCUGCGUCUCCGUCUCGACGGCAGCGACAACAGCAACGACUUCUGGAGGCUGGUGGACUCCUCCGACAUCCAGCCCAUCGGCACCUGCGAGAAGAACGGAGACAUGCUGCAGCCGCCGCUGGGAUUUCGGAUGAAUGCCUCCUCGUGGCCGAUGUUCCUGCUGAGAACCUUAAACGGAGCAGAGAUGGCACCGGCAACAGCCUUUAAAAAGGAACCGCAGAGGCCCCCCCAGAACAACUUCAAACCAGGCAUGAAGCUGGAGGCCGUGGACAAGAAGAACCCCUACCUCAUCUGCCCCGCCACCAUCGGAGAAGUGAAGGGCGAAGAAGUGUUCAUCAUGUUCGACGGCUGGCGGGGCGCCUUCGAUUACUGGUGCAAGUUCGACUCCAGGGACAUCUUCCCCGUGGGCUGGUGCUCCCUCACCAAACACAGCCUGCAGCCACCAGGCAACAGCGUCACCCUGCCAAAGAACCCGCAGAUUCUCUCAGCAUCACCUUCCAAGCCCAGCAGGCGCUCCCUGCCGACCCCCUACAGACUCCCCAACCCUCUGCCCAUGCUGCCCGUCAGGAAGGGAGUAAGAGGCCGCCGGCCCAAAAGCGAGACCAUCGCCCUCCUCAAAGCCGUGGCGGAGGCAGCGGCCGCCCAGAACGGAACCCCGGUCGAAACCACACCCAUCGUACCUCAACCCCACAAAAAGAGAGGCCCCAAACCGGGAAGCAAGAGAAAGCCGAAGAUCCUCCAAAGCACAGCACAUCUACCCAGCAUCCAGGUCCCACAAGAAAGCCCCCCCAGCCUCAGCUCUGUGGUCUCAACAGUGUGUGUGUAUGUGAACAAGCACGGAAACUGCGGUCCCCACCUGGACAGGAAGCAGAUGCAGCAUCUGCCAGACCACUUUGGCCCGGGGCCAGUGAACGCUGUGCUGCAGCAGGUGGUCCAGUCAUGUAUAGACUGCGCCUACCAGCCUAAAAUCCUGCUCAGCGCUCUGCAGACUCACGCAGGAGGGGGAGAGGUCGUCAGAGUGAGAACGGACGGAGGAGUUCGCAUGGUCAAACUACCGUCAGCCUCCAGCGCUUCCUUCGUGCUGCGCUUCUUGGAGACCAUGUGUCGUCACCUGCAAUGCGACAACCUGUUCAGCAGCCAGCCGUUCAGCCACUUCACGGCCUACGACAGGAACAAGUCAGUGAAAGAAGAAGCUCUGGACGCUCCAUCCCUGGUUCGGGGCAGUAGUAAACGAAGUCUCUCUGGGGUGUGUCCACCAUACGCAGCCCCUCUGUCUCCUAAACAUUUACGAGCUGAAGCCCACCCUUCAGAAGCAGAGACCCUGCCUCACGAAGAGAACGGCCUAAUAAAGGAGCAGCGCUACAUGGACUCGGCCUCCAACUCCAUGAACCCUCGACCCCACACGGCGCGGAGCUCCUCAGAGUACCACCCACAGGCCAGCAGCCUCUACCAUCACGGCAACGGCACGCCCAUGCGCCGCCAUUCCUCGAACCCGGCAGAGCUCAGCUCCGCGCAGCCGCUCAGACGAGUUGAAGCAGUUCAUGCUCAGUGUGUCUACUCUGCUUUGGAUGCAGCCAGCUCCACCACAGGUCCCGAGGCUUUAGCGUCUGACCGCGAGAGUCUGCGGCCGCCCAGUAAAAACCCCUCCUCCUGGUCCAUCGAAGAGGUGAUGCAGUUUGUGAGGGACGCCGACCCCACAGCAUUAGCCCCACACGCUGAACUAUUCAGAAAACAUGAGAUUGAUGGGAAAGCCUUGAUGCUUCUACGGAGUGACAUGAUAAUGAAGUACAUGGGUCUGAAGUUAGGGCCUGCGCUCAAGUUAUGCCAUCACAUAGAGAGGCUGAAACAAGGCAAACUGUAAGAGGUGCCCUGGCAGCCCUGUCCCUGUCAGACCCGUGAGCAAUAAGCCCUGAUAAGGACCAGCGUUUGGACUCAUGGGGCAAGCAGGGGCCACACAUGAACUCUAUACUCCACCUUGAGGGACUCAGUAGACGUUGCAAGUUCAUCAUGACUUCCAGAGUGGAGAAGUGUGCCGUGCAUUGCUGACACAUUACCUCAUCCCCCUCAUCAGUGAAAAAGAAAAGAGAAAAAAAAAGA